AUGUCACCAAGCAAGCCUCUCUCAGAACGCUCCCCCAACAAACAAGCAACCUCGCCUUCAAAAACACUAUCACAAUCACAAUCUCACUCCCUCGAGAAAAAGCUCACCGACAUGAAAUCCCCACCCAGCAAUAACAUCCUAUCCAACGACCUAAAGCCCAUCCCACGAUUCGAAGUCACCACGAACACCAGUCUCGGCCACUCUCACGGCCCCAAUGGCAACAACAACACAUAUAUCAGUCCCAGCGACGCGAUCCGCAGCCCGACGACCAAGAAACUGAGCGAGAUCAAGGGCAAGAGAUUCCAGAACGCGAAGCCCCAGACUCUGUUCGCCAAGACGCUGGCGCUGCAGGGCUUGAAGGCACAGUCGGAGAAUCUGAAGCGCGAAUCUUGA